CAUUUGUAACCCAAUUUUGUAACAUCGAUCCAAUGGCGGAUGCUGUGGUAAAUUUUCUCGUAGAGAAUUUAUUGCAACUGUUAAGCGAAAAUAUAGAUCUGAUAAAAGGCGUAGACGACGAAUUCAAAAAUUUAUUGGAAGAAGUGCAACGCCUAAAAGCAUUCCUUGACGAUGCUGCUAAAUUCCACAGCGAGAGCAGUUUAUGGGAUCAAUUGGUGAAAGAAAUUCAAAAAAUGGUACAUAAAUCUGAGGAUGUAAUUGAUAAAUUUCUGGUUCAAGCGAAGCUGCAUCGAGAUAAGAAUAAAGUUGGAAGAUUCUUCGAUCUCGGUCAUAUGGCAGUAGUUAGGGCUCUUGCAGCUGAAAUUAAAGACAUCCAUGAGAAGGUGAAGAAACUUCGCGAAGAUAACAAAGACUCAUUCAAGCCUAAACCAAUUCUUGACGUCCCCAAAAAAGGGCACGAAGUAACCCAGGGUCCUUCUUUGGAUGAUGAUGAAGUAGUUGGGUUUGAUGUGGAAGCUGAGAAAGUGAUCAAGCUACUUGUUGAAGGACCGGCAGAAAGUCUGAAUAUUAUUCCAGUGGUGGGUAUGCCCGGACUUGGAAAAACUACACUGGCAAGGAAAAUCUACAAUGAUUCUACACUUUCAUUUGAAUUUUUCAGCAUCCUUUGGGUUUAUGUCGGUCGGGAAUACAAAAUAAAGGAUAUUUAUCUUAGGAUUCUUAAACAUUUCAAAAACAGCAUAGACGAGUAUCUCAAUGAGGAUGAGGACAGACUAGCUAAGGUAAUAAGUGGUUUUAUGAGUAAAGGAGGAAGAUGUCUCAUUGUUUUAGAUGAUGUGUGGGAAGCAAAUGUCAUUGAUCACAUAAAGAAAGUUUUCCCAGAAAACAAAAAGGGGCAUCGAAUCAUGAUGACCACACGUGACAGAUUACUAGCUGCUUAUGCCAAUCCAGAACCUCAUAAUCUGAAAUUCUUGACUACAGAAGAAAGUUUUGAGUUGUUGGUAAAGAGAGUUUUUGGCAAGGGAAGUUGCCCUGAUGAAUUAAAAGAAGUUGGAAAAAGAAUUGCAGGAAACUGUAGUGGAGUACCACUUGUUGUAGUGGUAACUGCAGGAGCAUUAGCAGGUCGUUCAAAUACAACUGAAUGGAAAGUAGUUGAGAGAAAUGUGAUACAAUAUGCUUUUAACGUGAAUAAAGAUUGUGGCGUAUUUGUAGAGAUGAGUUACGAUCGUUUGUCUCAAGAAUUGCAGACGUGCCUUUUAUAUUCUGGUAUCUUUCCUCGGGGCUUUGAUAUCCCUGCUUGGAAAUUGAUUCGCCUGUGGAUUGCAGAAGGGCUAAUAAAGCCCCAGCAGUCAUCCACUCUUGAGGAGAUAGCAGAGCUUCAUUUGAAUGAUCUUGUUCAUAGGAAUUUAGUGAUACUGUUGCAAAAGAGGUCUGAUGGUCAAAUAAAGACAUGUCGUCUUCAUGACAUGUUACAUGAGUUUUGCAGAACAAAGGCUGCUGACAAAUGGCUUUUUCAAGAAAUAUGUACAACAGUUGAUAAUGCUGUUCCUUCUAUACAGGAUCCAGAUACUUGCCGUCGAUUGUGUAUUCAACCAUCUACUCUGAAUGACUUUCUCUCCACAAAACCUUCUGCAGAACAUGUCAGAUCUUUCUAUUGUUUUUCCUCGAAACAAAAACAAACUGACUUGUCUCCUAAUGACAUCAAACUCAUUCACAAAGCAUUUCCACUUAUGAGAGUCUUGGAUGUUGAAUCUCUCAAAUUUCUUUUCUCCAAAGACUUUAACAAUUUAUUUCAUUUGAGGUAUAUUGCUAUCUCAGGUGACUUUAAGGCCCUCCCUCCGACCUUUGGUAAAUUCUGGAAUUUACAAACUCUUAUACUUAAUACAAGUACCUCAGAGCCCACUCUUGACGUAAAAGCAGACAUAUGGAACAUGUUACAGUUGAGGCAUCUGCACACCAGCAUACCUGCAAAAUUGCCAUCCCCGACUGUCACAACAGGUAAACCUUCUUGUCUACAAACUCUUUCUAUGGUUGCACCAGAAAGUUGCAAGAAAGAUGUGCUGGCAAAGGUGUGUCAUCUAAAAAAAUUGAGCAUUCGAGGGCAAAUGGCGCCUUUUCUUGAAUCCAGGGGUGGAAUCAGCAAUCUUGAAGAGCUAAAGUGCCUGGAACAUUUGAAACUGUUGAAUGAUGUUCUUUACAUGAAUAAAACAGUUCAACUUCCUUCAGCAUUCUUCAGACUUGUACGUACAGUAAAGAAGUUAACUUUGGCAAACACAAGGUUUGCAUGGAGUGAGGCAGAAAAAUUAGCACAAUUGGAAUCCCUUGAGGUUCUAAAGUUGAAAGAAAAUGCAUUCAUGGGUGGUACUUGGAAGCCGGAGGUAGGAGGUUUUAGUAAACUCCGAGUAUUGUGGAUCGAGAGGGCAGAAUUAGAAACUUGGGAGGCGUCGAAUCUUAACUACCCCAUCCUUAGGAACCUUGUUCUUGUUUCUUGUGAUAAGCUCGACGCUGUACCAGUUGAGCUGGCUGAUAUACCUAAUCUUCGCGAGAUGAAGUUGGAGAACACAAUCAAAGCAGUCAAAUCUGCAAAAGAUAUACUGGAACUUAAGAAAUCUCAAAAAAUAAUAUUCAAGCUCAGCAUAUUCCCUCCUGAAUCUGAAUCCAAGGCCACACAGUAAAGUUGAAAGUAGAGCAUCGGGAUUUCGAUCUGGAGUCAUGUGUAUGAUGUUGCGGCAUUUCAUGUUUUCUGUGGUCCAGUCACCUGAUAAAAUUGUUCCAAUAAAGAAAACAUGUUUGCCUUUUGUGAUUUGUAAUAUGUUAAAUAAAUGGAGUAUGUACUCCCUGGAGUUGUUGUUUUUUUCAAGUUUCUGAUCAUUUGGAGUGUUUUCUUUUUCAAUUGUAUGCCUGUUUGCUUCUUUCACUAUUCUGUUGUAUUUGAUUUGUUUCAGUGUAAACCAUACAGUUGCUUUUAUCUUUCAAU